GGGUGGCGGUCGCCUGAGCAGCGAGACCUGGGGCGGCGCGAGAUCCGCAUCCGCCGAGUGUGAUGAAGCUGCCCUGCCUCGCUGCUCCGCUUGCCGCCAGCUGACACCGCCUGCACCCAGCCCGCCCGGGAGGGAUUCGCCGUGGGGCCGUGACCUUGGCCGAGGAGGCAGACUAAUAAUCCUUGCAUCUGAGAGUGGACCAAGUUUUGGGUGACAUGGCCCAGGGGAAUAAUUAUGGUCAGACCAGCAAUGGGGUGGCGGACGAAUCACCCAACAUGCUGGUGUACAGAAAGAUGGAAGACGUCAUAGCACGUAUGCAAGACGAAAAAAAUGGAAUUCCUAUUCGGACUGUCAAAAGCUUUCUUUCCAAGAUACCUAGUGUCUUCUCUGGUUCAGACAUUGUUCAAUGGUUGAUAAAGAACUUAACUAUAGAAGAUCCAGUGGAGGCGCUCCAUUUGGGAACGUUAAUGGCUGGGGAGAUGGCUGCUCAUGGCUACUUCUUUCCAAUCUCAGAUCACGUCCUCACACUCAAGGAUGAUGGCACCUUUUACCGGUUUCAAACACCCUAUUUUUGGCCAUCAAAUUGUUGGGAGCCUGAAAACACGGACUAUGCGGUGUACCUCUGUAAGAGAACAAUGCAAAACAAGGCAAGGCUGGAGCUAGCAGACUACGAAGCUGAAAGUCUGGCCAGGCUGCAGAGAGCUUUUGCCCGCAAGUGGGAGUUCAUUUUUAUGCAAGCAGAAGCACAAGCAAAAGUAGACAAGAAGAGAGACAAGAUCGAAAGGAAGAUCCUUGAUAGCCAAGAGAGAGCAUUCUGGGACGUACACAGGCCUGUGCCUGGAUGUGUAAAUACUACCGAAGUGGACAUUAAGAAGUCAUCCAGAAUGAGAAACCCUCACAAAACGCGGAAGUCUGUCUAUGGUUUACAAAAUGAUAUCAGAAGUCACAGUCCUACCCACACACCUACACCAGAUACUAAACCUCCAACAGAAGAUGAGUUACACCAACAGAUAAAAUAUUGGCAAAUACAGUUAGAUAGACAUCGGUUAAAAAUGUCAAAAGUUGCUGAUAGUCUUCUAAGUUACACGGAGCAGUAUUUAGAAUACGACCCGUUUCUUGUGCCACCUGACCCUUCUAAUCCAUGGCUAUCUGAUGAUACCACUUUCUGGGAACUUGAAGCAAGCAAAGAACCAAGUCAACAGAGGGUAAAACGAUGGGGUUUUGGCAUGGAUGAGGCCUUGAAAGACCCAGUUGGAAGAGAACAGUUUCUUAAAUUUCUAGAGUCAGAAUUCAGCUCGGAAAACUUAAGAUUCUGGCUAGCUGUGGAGGACCUGAAGAAGAGGCCUAUGAGAGAAGUGCCCUCGCGAGUUCAGGAAAUAUGGCAAGAAUUUCUGGCUCCUGGAGCCCCCAGUGCCAUUAACUUGGAUUCUAAGAGUUAUGACAAAACCACCCAGAAUGUGAAGGAACCAGGACGAUACACAUUUGAAGAUGCUCAGGAGCACAUUUACAAACUGAUGAAAAGUGAUUCAUACCCACGUUUUAUAAGAUCCAGUGCCUAUCAGGAACUUCUACAGGCAAAGAAAAAGAAGGCGAGAGCCAAAGUCCAGGCAACUGCAAAGUGCCAUCUCGAAGCAGCAGGGCGCAUGCCCCACCAGGCCCGUGUCAUGGAGCAGACUGUGGAAUCUCAUCGCCCGUCACCUUGGAGCCAGCACUCUUCCUCCUCCAGUUUUCCUGGAGAAAGGUGGAUUCAGAGACUAGGAGAUGGAAAGAAAUGGCAGAGCAAAGCAAACUUGGAAUGGAAAAGUGAUGACGGUCCCCCCCCCCACAGUCCUCAUGCCUGCCCUGUGUGUAAGAAGUGUCAAGGAAUGCUGAAGGUACAGCCCCUGAGCAAAAAGCACCAUGCACAGAAGUCCCCAGAUCAGGGUGCAAUGAUGUGGGAGCACAGAAUGGCAACAAGAAUGAGGAACAUGGCAGAGAGAGAACAGAGCAAGAAUAUGUAAUCAUAGACCCACC